ACCCCUUUGUAUACAAUGUUCGGUUAUACCAUCAUAUACGGGGACACCCUACAUAGUUCGAUAGCGAUCAUAAAGUAAUCUCGUAUUUGGAUUAAAUCGGGUUAGGAAUGAAACACGUUACUUGAUAUUAAACCAUUUAGUUUCUCAUGUGAGUAUAAACGAUAUGGGUGCAACUGUUCAAAAUAUGUAGCCAUGUGUCACAAUGUUAUGGGGUUUCUCAAUUCAAUAUGUUGCAUUCCUCGUAUUAACUUGUUUUCAAAUAGAUGAGGAGAUUUGAAAACGUGUUUAAUCUACAAAACAAUCAAUUUAAUUUCUGUAAUGUGCUAUUGUUAAAAUGUCAAACAACGAAAGAUGUGGAAAUAUUUAUUCCCUUAAAAAUCAUUUUAUUCUGGGUGCGUAUUCCAGAAGCAUCUUAAGUUAAAUUUCAUUCUUAUCCUUAAAUUUGGAUAUUUUCUUAAGUGUUUCAUUUCAUAUUGCAAUAGAUUGGAAUCAAGAUAUACAUUUAAAUAACAUCAUUAUGCCAAUGUUAUUUUAGGAAUACCAAAAAAAAAACAUGUGUUUCCUAAUUGAGUAAAGAAAUACAAAACAUUGUAAUUUUUAACUUAAGUGAAAUUAUUUGAGAAAUGACUUAAGAUGUUUCUGGAAUACCACCCCUGAUGUGUAAAUUAAUUAAUUACGAGCAUAAAGUUCGUUACUCGCACAAAAGACGGAAGGGUGCGGUGAUAUUAUCUGAUUGUUCAAUUUUUAAUUUCCUUGCGCUGUAUUUAAAAAGGAAUAAAAAUGAGUCUUGUUACGUGUAUUAAAUCAUUAUUCGUCAGCAUUGAUGUCCAAUUUAUACUUAUAUUAGUAUAAAGAAAGUCAGUGUUUGCAUGCCAUGCCAUGGAUUGUUUAACAUACAGUUUGCUGUGUAUUCAGGCUUUGUGUCUAGUCGCAUCAAACGUUACGUUAGAGAAAACGUUAUUAGGGACAGAUCCAAUACGACAUGAGCUGUUGUGUUCCUGGCUCUUUGAGCCCACCGACUUUGCCAUAUUCAGAAAGAAUCAGUCGGAGACUUUCAAAGAUAUCGUAUUUAUAUCAAAUGACUGCACGUUUAUACCAUCGACUUUUCCAAAUGGCAUGACGUGUGGCUGCAUAAACUCGACUUUGGCGCGAUGCAAUAUUACACAGACGUUGGACAGUGAUAAUGUUGAGGAGUGGAUGUGUGUAGUUCCUUACCAAGGACGAAAACAAAAUAGCAAUGUUAUCCCUAUAAUUUAUACAGAAAUCCGUACGUCGUUGAUGCAAGCAAAUGACCACGGGACAACAACUAAAACACAUCCGGCGACAGUCACAAGUUUCUACAUAAACGAAAUGCAAGAGGAAUUUAAUGUGACACUCAUAGAAAGUGGCAAUGGAAGUAUUAAUUGCGUUGGCGAUGGAAAACCCGAACCAACGCUUGCAUUGAUAAAACAUUCUGCAGAAGACGAACACAACACGACGUUAUACACCGUCAAUAGCACUCAUCUGCGUUACAAUACUUCACUUGGCAGCCAGCAUUCUGGGCAAUAUACUUGCGUAUCGUCCAACCGUUAUGGCAAAGAUUAUAGAACAAUACAUUUAAUUAUUAAAACGUUAGAAGAUAUUGGUAAUAUAAUGCAAUGGUCUUCGGUAACACCCACUGAAACAGCAGUUCGCUUACAAUGGACUCUCCGUGACAAUACGUUGAUGCACUUAGUGGACAACAGCACUUGCUAUGUUAGUUUACAAGACUAAGGGAGAAACAGAAUGGAUAAAUAUUAUCAAAGAGCUCAACAAGACGGUUACGCAGACGACAUUAAUUCUGGAUCUCCAACUGAAGAACCUGCGUCCUCAUACUCAGUAUGAAGUUCAACUGAUCGCACAGUUACCGUCCGCCAAUUACGCAAUCGCACCAACCGUAACGUUCAAGACAUUGUCGUUUUCAAAAGUGACGGGAAUUGACAUUAUUGUUGCGCCUAUCGCCUGUUCGGUGCUUCUAAUAUGCCUUGGCAUACUGCUGCGGCUGUGUAUGAACAGGUCAAUGCGUGGUCGGGAGCGAGCAGUGAUAGACAACUUAAGUAGGCAAGAACCAAUAUCUAUGAAUAUAAUGCGAGCGGAAGAAAAUACACGCCAAAUGAUUCCACUACAAGACGAAGACCACUACGACUUCAUUAAUAGCAACAGAACAAUUUCAUGCAUUAGCCCAAAAGGCAUGCAAGAUUCGAAUACUGAUUCACUACCUUUUCUGACUAUUGAUGGAACAAAUCAACAUGAUGAAAUAGGUUUGCAAGCACAAACGGGAAAUCAAAUCAAUUACGAGUUCCUGAAUCGCACUGGGAAACCGGCUAUGGAGCAGUACCAUUCAAUUGGCGACGCUGCAGAAUACAUUUCUGAUAGCGGUAGUUCAAUCACAGAUUCUUCUAUCUCCGACACAUGUUUACAGUAUCUUACAGUGAUUGACAUCGAACCUAUUCCAUCGGAAAGUGUCCUAGCCAGUACAUAUGAUGAUGUUGCGAAUGCAUCGAGAAGCGCACACAUAUAACAUACGUUGCGCUAUAUAGAACAUAGGAAACGGUUGUUUUCGUCUUGAGAAGUUCGCGAAAACGAAAGACUUAACCAAUGUUGUGUAAAUUGUACUUUUAUUCUUAUGAUUCAACGUAAGUGGAUACCCGUUUUAUUGUUUACAAUGAUGUUACCAUAAGUAUGAUGAUGCUUACCAUCAUCGCGCAGUCUACACUGUAUUCCACGUAUUCUCUUAAUUCGUUUCGUAAACUGUUUUAUCUUAUGUAUGGUGGUUUCCUGAGGCAGGUAUUAUUGAAAGCUUCAUUUAUUCGUUAAAGACUAGACACAGUGAUCAGUAUGUAUCUGAGUUGAGAGUUAAUGUUGAUUCAUCAACUUCAUUACUAUUUUAUAAAAAACUAAAACCUCUGUUUGAAAUAUCUGUGCAUUUAGAUGUCAUUGACAUUACAUUCAUAGAAACAUGAUUGCUGAAAUACGUCUAUCGUCACAUAAUUUGUUAAUGGAAUUUGGUAGACAUGAUAAAAUUAUCAGAAAUUUUAAAAAUGUGUAUUUCAUGUUGUCUGAACGAUUUAGAAGACGAAUAUAACUUUAUACUUAAAUUUAUUUUUAAAAAAAAGAUCCAAAUACAUGUCGAAACACUUCUCAAUAAGACCAAUCAUGCAUACAUGUUUGAAACGUUUAAAUUGCAUUUAUAAAUGGACCCUUAUGAACUUAGCAAUUUACUGUAUUACAUUUUAUAAUAAAAGAGAUUAUUGUACCUUUCUUUAAAUUAACGCUUAUUAUUGAAAUUAAUGAACCGUUUAUAUGAAAUGAAUGUACUGUGUCUUUGCCUGUUAACACUGAUUUCUGUUUACAAGUGCAGUUUAUUAUUAAAAAAAUAUGAUUUUGUGUGCCUUUUUUCCACUGAUUUUUGUUAAUAUAUGGUUUAUAUUCUCAAUUCACUGUGUAUAUAAACAUACAAUACCCUCACGCAUAAUGCAUCAUUAUCCUUAAUACUUUUUUUAAGCAUGUAUGAAUGUAUUAUAAUAUUAAUCACGAAGAGCUGUAAAAUGCUUAAGUGAAUAAAAUAUGUGUUCUGUUAAUAUAUAUUCAUAUUAUUUCUUUGUUUAAAUCAUUGACAAUGAAUACUUAAUGCAAAUUUAACUACUGGUUAUUGAUAUUUGCUUAAUAGUAUUUACAUUAUUCGAACAUAAUUAAUAAAAGAUGUUAAUUUCAUUAUCUUUUUAAAAAGUAUCAUGCAUAAAUUUUGAUUAAUCUACCGCAGAUAUAAUAGAACUUGUAUGGACAUGCAAAUGAAGUUGUGGCAUACCGCUGCAAUUGACAUUCUGUGAUGGCUGCAAUAGCACCAAAAUAGAUUAUGAAAUAAUGCAUACAUUGUGUUUGUUUGUUUCUAUGUUUAUUUCUGGAUUUGAAGUUAAUAUAUUUAAUCUCGUUUAAUUGAUAGAAUUCAACUCUCAUUCGAAUGCAUGUUACUCUUUAAAUGCAGAUUAAAAUAACAAAUUAAAUCAGUAAUUUUGAAAUCAAUUUGCUGAAUGAAUUAAGGUUUGCGUCAUAUGAAUUUAUGUUUUAACACUUUUGAUACAUGACUAUCGAAUAAAUUGUCCACCCGUGCUUAUUGUACCUGUUAUUGCAUAACAAAGACGAUAAUGUGAUAUACUUCAGGUUAAUUUGGAAAAUACAUCGCACACAAUUCAUAUGUUCUUGAAGGUUAAGUUCAUUUGGGGCAAAUGCGUAACUUCGCAAAUAGCGUAUGAAAAUCUCAAUUUCAUUCUGUCAACGAAUUGUGAGCAAGGCAUAUGUGCCUCGCUUUGUUAUAAUGUAUUAUUCCAUAACUUUCAAAUGUUAUUAUUGUUUUAUUGUUCAUUUGCAAUGGAUAUUGAUCACCAAACGAUUAAUGCAUCAUGUUUAAUUAACUAUUUGCAAUAUGCACUUGAAAAAGAGCAAAUAAGCACACAACUGGACGUCUUUAGAUGAAGAGAUACGUUAGAGAUUGUAGUGUGAUGUUUCAAUUAGCACAUUUUUUACAUCUUUGUUUUGUCAUUUUUCUUUACUUUAUUGUGCCUUUUCAUCGCAUACAAUUGGAUAACAGAAUUUCUGUUGUAAAUAAAUCAGGGACACAAAUGUGUUCGAAGAAACGCAAGAAACAAUUAAGAUAAUAUGUCUUCUCUAGGCAAUUUGUUAACAUAUUUAAAUACAA